AUGAUUUUUCUGAUGGACCUCCAGAUGAUGCUGCUGGAUGUGAUUUACUUCAUCCUGCGCAACUCUCUGCGGGUCGUUUUGCGCCCACGCACCAAGCCCAUUGACGGCGAGCUGGUGCUGAUCACCGGAUCAGGAGGUGGCCUGGGUCGUCUCUUUGCUAAGGAAUUCACCAAGCACGGGGCAGAAGUGGUGCUAUGGGACAUCAACAGCAGUUCAAACGAGCAGACAGCCAAGCUGGUGCGUGAGAUGGGAGGUAAGGCGUACACCUACACCGUGGAUGUGACCAACCGGGAGGAUGUGUAUCGCAAUGCGGAUCUUGUGAGAAAGGACCUGGGCCGAGACGUCACAAUACUGGUGAACAACGCAGGAGUGGUGGCAGGGGAGCGCAUGUUAGACUGUCCUGAUGAACUGAUGGAGAGGACCAUGAAAGUCAACUGUCACGCCCUCUUCUGGACAGUGAAAGCCUUCCUCCCCCAGAUGAAAGCCCAGAAUCACGGACACAUCGUGACCAUCGCCAGCGUCCUCGGUCUCUUCAGCACAGCUUGUGUCGAGGAUUACUGUGCCAGUAAGUUUGCUGCAGUGGGUUUCCACGAGUCGUUAGCCCACGAGCUGUUGGCCGAGGAGGUUGAAGGAGUGAAGACUACUCUUGUGUGCCCUUAUAUUGUGGACACAGGCAUGUUUGAAGGCUGCAAGAUACGGGAGGAAGUGGAACUGGUCCUACCUCCUCUGGAGCCCCAGUACUGUGUGGAGCAGGCCAUGAACGCCAUCCUGAUAGACCAGCCACUGGUGUGCAUCCCUCGCCUCACCUACCUGCCUUUCCUCUCCAGAGCGUUGUUGCCAUGGGAAUCCAACGUGGUUACGUAUCGUUUCAUGGGGUCAGACAAAUGCAUGUACCCCUUCAUUGAGACCAUGAAGAAACAAACAUCUAAUGGCUCCAUUAAGGUUGCAUAG